UUCGCCUCGGUCGAGACAGUUUUCGAGUCCACGGAGAGUCGUUUCCCGAUCCUCAUGACUACGCUCGCCGGUUUCCCGAGACUGUUCGGUCUCGCCGUCCGUCCUUGUGUCCGAGGGAUCGCGCCGGCUCGGCCGUGCGAACCGAGUCGUCCAGCGUUCCCGUUGUGGCGAUCGAGCGUCGCUGGUUAUCGUACCAGGUACCGGCUGCCUUGGUUCCAGGAACCGCCUACCUACCGAGAACGGGUCGUCGAACGCGAUCCAGAGAGAGAGAAGUUGGCCUCUGACGUCGUCGGCCGAAUCAACGAGCUGGUGGCUACUGACGCGACCGGCCGUUUGUUCGCGGUCGUCUACCUGGGCGGUAUGCGACACAAGGUCACGGACGGUGACGUCGUCACUGUGUCGGGACACUGGCCGCCUCGCACGGGUGAUCGACUCGCGUUGGAGAAGGUGUUGUUGGUCGGCGGCAGAGACUUCACGCUCGUCGGAAGACCGAUUUUGAACAGAGAACUCGUGUCGGUCGACGCCACCGUCGUUCAGAAGACCUUGUCCCACACGAUCACGCGUUUCAGAUUUAGGCAGAGGAAACAAUUUCGCAGACUCAACUUUUAUAGGAUACACAGGACCAUGAUAAGGAUUGACUCUGUCAGAAUAAACGGAGACGUCGACGAGAAGAGAGAGGUCGAGGGCUUGGACAGAGUCUACUGAACGGUGUCGUCUGCACUUGUACGAAUGCGUUUCUCCACCCGUCCUGUACAAUAAACUUGUUGUUCUUCUCGUU